UUUCUUCUCCCCGGCCCCCACUCCGCCCCCUCCGCGUCCUCCUCCUCUUUCCGCACUCUUUGGGCGUCCGCCCCGUCAAUCACCGCCGCCGCGCCCCCGCCCGGCCCCUCUCGGCCGGCCCAGCUCUCCGAGCGCCUCCGGGCUCCUGUCUCGGGCCGCCCUCCGCCGAGCGCGGAGCCGGGCGAUCUGUCAGCGGAGCCUGCCGGGGGGAGCCGUCCGGCCCGCCGGGGCUCGGGUUACCGGUGACUGACAGCGUCUCCAUGGCGAAUAAUUCGACUCGACUAUUGUCUGGCGCGGGCAGGCCCCGGGUCAGAUAACCGGACCAAUCAGGGCGCGGGCCGCCGCGCCUCAUGCCCGCUUAGAAUAAUAUUAUCAAAAAAGCUGCGGGCGAGCCGGACGGGAGGGAGAGCGAGAGAGGAGCAAGCGAGGGAGCGGCGGGCGGGCGCGGAGCAUGCGGAGCGGCGCCCCGGGCGGCCCCCGGGCUGGGACGGGCGCGCGGGCGAGGCGCGCGGGCGGCGGGGGCGGGGAGCGGCCAGGGCCCCGCGGCCCGCACGAGGACGCACGGCAGUGACUGCGACUCACCGCGAGUGAGCGCCGGACCGGGGUCCGCCCCGCCUGCCCCGGCCGGGCCCGGACGGCUGGCCUGAGGCGCCCAUGCGGUGCUGCGCGGCGCGGUGAGGGCGCGCGGGGGCGGGCGGCGCGCAGCCGGCACCAUGUCCAUGCUGCCCACCUUCGGCUUCACGCAGGAGCAAGUGGCGUGUGUGUGCGAGGUGCUGCAGCAGGGCGGCAACAUCGAGCGCUUGGGCCGCUUCCUGUGGUCGCUGCCCGCCUGCGAGCACCUCCACAAGAAUGAAAGCGUGCUCAAGGCCAAGGCGGUGGUGGCCUUCCACCGCGGCAACUUCCGCGAGCUCUACAAGAUCCUGGAGAGCCACCAGUUCUCGCCGCACAACCACGCCAAGCUCCAGCAGCUGUGGCUCAAGGCGCACUACAUCGAGGCGGAGAAGCUGCGAGGGCGGCCCCUGGGCGCUGUGGGCAAGUACCGCGUGCGCCGCAAGUUCCCGCUGCCGCGCUCCAUCUGGGACGGGGAGGAGACCAGCUACUGCUUCAAGGAAAAGAGUCGCAGCGUGCUGCGCGAGUGGUACGCUCACAACCCUUACCCUUCACCCCGCGAGAAGCGAGAGCUGGCGGAGGCCACGGGCCUCACCACCACGCAGGUCAGCAACUGGUUUAAGAACCGGCGGCAGCGAGACAGGGCAGCCGAGGCCAAGGAAAGGUACGAGGAGAACAGUGAGAACUCCAAUUCCAACAACCACAACCCUCUGGCUUCCUCGCUCAACGGCAGCGGCAAGUCGGUGCUAGGCAGCUCUGAGGACGAGAAGACGCCGUCGGGGACCCCAGACCACUCCUCGUCUAGCCCAGCGCUGCUGCUCAGUCCGCCGCCGCCCCCGGGGCUGCCGUCCUUGCACAGCCUGGGCCACCCUCCGGGCCCCAGCGCGGUGCCCGUGCCCGUGCCCGUGCCCGGCGGAGGCGGCGCGGACCCCCUGCAGCACCACCACAGCCUGCAGGACUCCAUCCUCAACCCCAUGUCGGCCAAUCUCGUGGACCUGGGCUCCUAGAGCUCUGCCGCCUCCGCGCGCGCCGGCCUUCCUCCGGGCUUGGCGCUGGGGACCUGCGAGAGGCGGUGCCUGCCGGAGUGCGCCCGCGCCGGCCACUGCACCAGGUAUUGAAAGACCGGCGCGCAGGAGGAGCAGAACCCGCGGCCGGGCAAAGCGGACGGCUCUGGGUUCCGAGUUUAUUUUUAACACCUUGCUUUUGAGAUCCUAGGGGCCGGGUCUUCAAACAGGGAAAGGAAUAAAUUAUACACCGUCCUGUCUCUCUUCCCCCUCC